GGCUCUGGCCUUGCAUUAGCGAGAAGUCAUCCCACGCAUCUUGUCGUUCCGUGUUUGCGAGGUUGUUCUGAAGUGUUCUCUUCUUUUAUAAAAUAAUCAAUAAAAUAAACUCUCGCCAAGAUGACGAUGGCAAUGUUGCAACGCCGUGCUAAUGUGAGGCUUCCUCCGGAAGUGAACAGGGUAUUAUAUAUAAGAAAUUUGCCAUACAAAAUUACGGCUGAAGAAAUGUAUGAUAUAUUUGGCAAAUAUGGAGCUAUCAGGCAAAUCAGGGUGGGUAACACGGCUGAAACAAGAGGCACAGCGUUUGUCGUGUAUGAAGACAUAUUUGAUGCAAAGAAUGCAUGCGAUCACUUGAGUGGUUUCAAUGUAUGUAAUCGUUAUCUGGUGGUUCUAUAUUAUCAGAGCAAUAAGGCAUUUAAACGGAUUGAUGUCGAUAAAAAGAUGGAGGAUCUGGACAAACUGAAGACAAAGUAUAAUCUAAACGAUGAAAAAAAGUAACCGAUUAAGCUAUCGUAUAAAAUAUGAUAUUUAAAGAAUAUAUUUAUUAAGAUAUACAGUAUUUUUAACAGUAGGAUAAGGAAUAGAUUACUUGUAUUCCUAAAUAGUACACUCGGUUGAUAUAUAUGGUUCGAAAUGAUAACUGAUGUCCCGUGGGGGAAUUUAUUUUCUAGCAAUUAUUCAAAAACAAGUUUUCUUAUUGGACAUCACCUGCGUUCUAAACUGCAUUAAAAAAAAGUGUUCAAACUGUAUUGAAAUCAAGUGUACAAGUACUAUCAGUAUACUAGGUUACUAUACAAUAAAAAAUCUUGUGUUAAAAAUAACACAUUGAAAUUUUCGUUACUUUAACAAGGUGAAUAUAUUAAU